AUGCUAGCCUCAACUAAGAGUCUCACUGAUACACCAGGAUUAUCCGGCACGAAUAAAGAGUCAAAGCUGGACGAGGGUCAGAGUCUCUCCAAAUGUACUGUGUCCGAACUUCUGAAGACAGAUGCAGAUUUAACCGUGAAGUCCGAGACGGAAAGCAUAUACUCAGAUGACUACGCCACGUCCGACACUAGAAUGGAAUAUCUCAGUGAAUUUGCUGACGAGCUUGUCAAGGUUAUCCAGCCUUACCAGCCUGAUGAGAAAACUGUGCAGAGAAUUUCCGCUGUCCUCUUGGAUCUUCUCAAAGCUUUUGCCCUCAGCCUCGGUCAUGGUUCACCUACCCCGUUGCAUAGUGACAUGGUGGUUCUCAUUCACAAGAAUCGGAAAUACAUCGUGACAGUGUUCAAGGAGCGCCUAAUCAGAGACAACAGCAAUAAGGAGAGGCCGGAAUAUGGGAAUGACAUGCCCUCGGGCGACAUCAUGUGCCUUCGGCAGUCGAAGAACGACGACCAUGCCCAUAAGCAAGUCCAACAUACUGAACGCCAACUGGAGGCAGAGGCUCAUGGACACGAAUCUCUCCGUCUGCUAGAAUACCGACGUCUUGUCCAGGGCGCCCCGACAUAUACAUGGCUUCUCUCACACGUAAGAAACGAGUGCAUUCUUUACACGCCUGGUCAGGACGUCGCAAAGGGCAUCAGAAAUGCCAUCCUCAAAUCAUUACCUGUUUCAUCGAGAAUCAGCCAUCAAAAGCCCACGGAAACUUUUAGCGUAGGUUUCAAAAUAAAAUGGGAUCCUCUCAAGUUUCUGCUAGAGGAGUACGAAGAGGACCCGGCGGCAGCCCUCGAGCAAGCUCUUACUUUUACCGGGUUCGACAGUGAGGUCGAAGCAGAAAGCUUCGGCGAGUACAUGCGUCGAACAUGGCCUGUAACCGGUGAUGCCAUGGUUCUACUCCUCAAAUCCCUUGUUUCAAAUACCCGUGAAGGAUUUGUCACCCGGGAUGACGGUAUAACUAUGAACAUCUCAAUGCAUCCAUCACAGGAUUGCAAGUCAUCAUUGGUUGUAUGGCUUGAUAUCUGUGGUACUGCGGCGUCUAUCGCGGAAGUAGGCGAGCAGCUUGCGUGGGCUGCAAGUGCUCUUCAGUCUGCGCAGCACGAGCAUACACUCGUGAGGAGCAAACCCAUCAUUAAUUCGGUUCAAAUUGGACACGUAUCUAAUCAGGACUCUCCUUCGAUAUCUUAUGUAUCUGAUAUCGGCAUUGAACUACAUGAGAUAAAUCCUUCUGCCGAAUAUUGCUGGUUGGGGCUAGUUUCUCGCCCAGCGGUCGUUGAGGGCUUCCCAAUUCGACAAAGACCAGCAGAGUGCCCUCCGGGUCUCGAAAUCCCACUUCACGUCAUGGCUCAUCUUAUGGAUACUCGAAAGGUACACCGGUUUCAUGGAAAGACCGUGCUAAAGGGGUUCUCGACUUUGUUGGUCCCAACGGGAAGCAUCAACGAUACCAUUAGCUGGCAUCUUAUUCAGCAAAGUAAUGAUCAGCGAAUUUCGUAUCUUGAGAGUCAGAUAUUCCCAGACUUGACUAUUUCAAUCAGCCAGUUAGAGAAGGCCCGGCAUAUCCUGGGUUGGUGCCCUGAGAUGGUAUUCUACGGUGGAGCAGCCGAUGCAAAUUACGGAAUUAGCGACUCUCAGCUUCCUCGGCUCCCUCCGCGUUGUGAGCUUCGUAUUUUGAAGGAUGCAUCUCUAUCCUCUGACUACACAAUCACGGGGACCAAAGGAUACAUCCUGGGCCGAAAAGAUGUUCGUUUACGACGCAACGGCUACGUGAGUAAAAUGAAAUGGGUCGCUGAAAAAUACAUCAAUGUUUGGGACGUUGGAGAGGAAAGGGGCUGGCUACUCAAUGGAGCGAGUGGUCUGCUGCAUCUAGUUCGUGCGUCUUUGGAGCGAGACAGGUCUGAUUCAGCUCUCAGAUCAGUACUUCUCCUCAAAGAAGAUAGCUUGACUGAGGCUUCGAAGGCACACCACCCCGCCGCCGCUCUGCACAUCCUUCUUAACCCGAAGAAUGUGGACCUCAGUAUAUACUGUGUCGAUGCGCAUGUAAAAUUCAAAGACCGUGUGGAGGACUUCUAUGAUCAGCUAGAAAAAUUAUACGACUACCAAGUCAGUGGCCUCAGAGAUGUUGAAGGAACGGCUGCGGUACCACGGUCUUUGCUGGAAGGAUGGGACUUUCAGGACCUGAUUCUCGAAAGAGAUCCCAUUCAUCCCCGUCAUACCACUCUCAACCAAGACGGAUUAUCUUGGGUUGAUUUCAUCCGCUCAAUAAAGGCCAUCACAGUAUUUGGGCGUGGGUUCGGGGAUAUCAUUAGGCCGCUGAACUCUUCUUGUUCGAAGUGGUCAAGAUUGAAGCCGAAGAAAUCAUACCUUGCUGCUACCAUGUUCGAUCUGAAUAAAAUCAUGGCUGCUCAUGGUGAUCCAUACAGUGUUCCAAUGAAACUAACCCAUGAUAUCAUGUGGAACAUACCCGAAGAGGCAUUAGCCCUUUGUCCGUGCAACGGAGACAGGCACAAAAGUCACACAAUUUUGGUUCAGAGUCUUCUUCCCUCGAGCAUGCGUCGUCAGCUACUUGCAAUUUCCUCCAUUCCCUCCAAUAUGGGACAAAAUGACGGAGCUGUCAUCUUUGGAUUCAACAAGAGACACCGGUGGUUCUGGAGCGAUACUGGUCCACCAUCACGGACGCCAAUCCACCUGGGUAGCGAUACACCCUAUAAAGAGUCUCUAAAUACCCACUCUGACGAUAGUGGCCUUGGGGGGAGUUCAUAUUCAUCGACACCCAGUGAAACUGGGAUGCCAGCUAGCUCUAGUUCGUCCGCCAACGAUAACCCGAAUUCCAGCCAGCGACUUAGGAAAAAACCCGGGUCAGGUAAGCGACAAAUAGGCAUCGGGAGCAAUUCUCAGUCCGCAAAUAAAUACAGAAUAGGGAUUGUGUGUGCUCUACAUAUUGAAUUGAAGGCUGUCCGCUCCCUGUUUGACGAAGCCCACUCCAAUGUGGCAAUAGCAGAUGGAGACCCCAAUUAUUAUGCUUUUGGACGCAUGGGAGGGCACAAUGUUGUUGCUGUAUGUCUUCCACAUGGAGUAUAUGGCACGAACGCGGCCACGGAUGUCAUAUCGAAUAUGAGACGGAGCUUUCCGUCACUGGAUUUCUGUCUCUUGGCUGGUAUUGGAGCGGGUGUACCUUCGACGAAGAAUGAUAUUCGUCUUGGAGAUGUCGUCGUUAGCACACCCUCCGGAAUGUACUCGGGCGUUCUCCCAUAUGAUAUGAUUAAGAGUCUCGAAUUAGGAAUAUCGCGACUAAAUGGAUACCUAUGUCCACCACCGCAGACUCUGAUGUGUGCAAUUAGCGAGUUGGAGUCCGACCCAAAUCUAUCACCCACGCCCCUCGAUGAGUUUCUGCAACGGAUCCAAGAACGCAGUCCACAAUAUAAAUAUCCAGGAGCAGACAAUGAUCAACUUUUCACCCCCGAAUAUAUACAUCCUAAUGAGAAGGAUGAAACUUGUGAGAGAUGCGAUCCGAGCUACUUGAUGAGAAGAACAAGACGCUCUUCCGAUCAACCGAGGAUUUUUUACGGUCUGAUUGCAUCCGGAAACCGGUUGAUGAGAUCUGCUAGUGAGCGAGAUAAACUUGGAAGAGAGCAUAACGUGCUUUGUUUCGAGAUGGAGGCAGCAGGGGUCAUGAAUACUUUUCCGUGCUUGAUCAUCCGCGGGAUAUGUGACUACGCCGAUUCUCACAAGAACAAGACCUGGCAAUAUUAUGCAUCCGCAACGGCUGCGGCGUACGCAAAAUUGCUUCUUUCCCGCGUCAGAGGGUCAGGUACAACAGAAAGUCUUGCCUCAACAGCUGAGGUUCUCCAAGAUCAGUACUCCUCGAGAAAGAGAUUACGAUCACAAGAGACAGGUGGGUACAGGAUGUCUAGGAAACGGCAGCAUAACCAAAUGGCAGCUGCACAGUCGUGCUGGGAUGGGGAUGAGGGGAGACCCGAAAGAUCAGAUGAGAACGAUGGUUCAUCUGUGCACUAUGAAUCGCUGAGUAGCUCUGAGUAG